GUUUCUAUGAUAAGACUAAUAGCCCUAAGCCUACUAUUAGAAAUGUAUAUCAGAGGGGAAAUAGGAGAGUUUGGUUGAAAACUUCCUAAUGUAACACAUGUCUAAAAGUUAGUUAGGCAGUUAGUGGUUGAAAACUUCCUAAUGUAACACGUGUCUAAAAGUUAGUUAGGCAGUUAGGGAAUAAAUGAACUAUAAGAAGGAAUAGCUGUUAGAAGUUGAGGCAGUUUUGGGUGUUAACAGAAUUUCUGGUUGUGGAACCAGCAAGGUCGUGGGACCUAUUGUAACCAUUCUUCUUCUAUUCAAUUCAAUAAAAUUCUUUUUGUUCUUCCUAGCAGAAUCACUCUGAUUCUGAUUAGGUUGACUGAUUCAUUGUUCAAUUCCCUUUCUUUGUUAAUUCCAGUGGUUGUAUCACUGGUAUCAGAGCACCGUUUCUGGUGCCUGAGGGAGUGGAUCCACCACCAACCAAUCGCUGCCGCAAUCGUCUAUGGUCUCUACCAGAAGAAUGGCACGAAACGAUGAGAGUUGGACUCAAGAGAUGGAGGAGCUGAAGCAAGAUCGCGAGAGAAUGAGAUUGCGAUUGGAGCUUAACGAAGCUCGAAUGCAGAAAACCGAAGAGCUGUUAUCGGCGAUAGCCAACAAAUUGGGGAUAAACGGAAAUGGACACUCGCGGGAGGGUGGAAGCGAAAGUGAGAAUGAAGGAGAGAGUCAUCAGCGGAGUCUGAAUCCAAAUUGUUGGAGAAGAUUGGAAAUCCCUAUUUUUUUUGGGGACGACGCGUACGGGUGGAUCCAAAAAUUGGAGCGGUACUUUGCAAUUAGAGGCGUGACAGCAGAGGAGAAGAUGCAAGCCACAAUCAUUUCCUUGGAGGGCAAAGCUCUUAGUUGGUAUCAAUGGUGGGAAGGUUGCAACCCUAAUCCAACUUGCUGAAGUGAAAUUGUAUGAUUUGGCUACUCUGUCAGAAUUAAUUCAAAAAGCUAUAUUAGUGGAACAGAAGAAUCUGGUGUUAUUAAAGAAGAAUAGUGGAACAUAAUCUAGAUCCUAUAGCUCAUAUAAACCAAAUUCUUAUAGUAAGAUGGUGACCCUGGAACCCCAGACUGCAGUAAAUAAACAGAGAGAGGGCUCUUCCAUGGGCAGUGUGAAUAAUACCAUCAGACCAAACUUAGAUGCGGAAAGUUCUAGAACAAGAGGAGAUUAUAAAAAACUGUCCAGUGUUGAGA